AUGACAGAACCUCACUGGAAACCCAUCGUGCACCGAAAGCGCCUUACCCAGCUGCAGUCCAUCCCCCAGCCCUGGCGCCUGCCCGCAUCAACCCUCACCUCCACCAAAACUCCCCUAGAAACAAUCCAGACUUGUGGCAUUCUGAACUCCGAAGAGCUUCAAUGGACAGAGAUCGCCGGCAUCACCGAGCUAGUUCGCCUGCUCACCUCGCGCUCCGUGACCUCCGUGCAACUGACAACCGCAUUCUGUAAGCGCGCCGCCAUCGCGCAGCAGUUGACGGGCUGCCUAACGGAAAUAUUCUUUGACCGGGCGCUGCAGAGGGCAAAGCGUCUAGAUGAGGAGUUCGAGAGGACUGGGAAGGUCGCGGGGCCUCUGCAUGGCAUACCAGUUUCUGUUAAGGAUCGGUUUGAUGUGGAGGGGUUUGAUACUACUGUUGGCUGGGUAGGACUGGCCAACAAACCAGCAGCAAAGUCGGACUCCGUUGUGCAAUUGCUGGAAUCCAUGGGAGCUGUUCUGUACGUUAAGACAAAUGUUCCUCAGUCUUUGAUGAUGUCCGACUCGUACAACCACGUCUUUGGACAGUCCGUCAACGCCUUCAACACCGCGCUCAUCUCGGGCGGUAGUUCCGGAGGCGAAGGCGCGCUCGUUGGUGCUGGGGGAAGCAUCUUGGGGAUCGGGACGGACAUAGGAGGCUCGAUCCGCGUGCCAUCCAACCUCCAGGGCCUGUACUCGAUCUGCCCUACAACGGGGCGGGUCCCGUGGAAUUGCUCUUUCAUGCAUCAGCACUACCUUGUUCCACCGGUGGCAGGUCCCAUGGCCAGAAGUCUUCCAACGAUCGAGUACUUCAUGCAGAGCCUCCUAGACUCGAAUCCAUGGAAUCUUGAUCCAGGAUGUAUCCCCAUCCCCUGGCGGAGAGAGAUGGCGGCUUUGCCAACCAAGAAGCUGAAGCUAGGUAUUGUCUAUGACGACGGCGUCGUACGGCCCCAGCCUCCUGUUAUGCGGGCUAUGCGGGAGGUUGCAAAGAGAUUGACCGAUGCCGGUCACGAAGUGGUCGAAUGGGACACAUCCCUCCACACAGCCGGCACAAACCUCUGGACAAAAUCCGUCCUCUCCGACGGCGGCCAUCACUGCCGGCAGCUUUGCGCUAUCGUCGACGAACCCUUAAUCCAGGGUAUGGUUGUCGGAACAGCAGCAGACGAGCUGUCGAGCGUCGAGAAGGAAAAGCUCGAAGAAGAAAAAUACACCUUCCAAGAAGCGUACCUCGCGCAAUGGCUCUCCAGCGGCAUCGACGCGCUCGUCCUCCCCGUAACGCCCUGGGUCGGGUAUAAGCCGAAGCAAUGGGUGCAAAGCAGCCAGUGGCUGGGCUAUACGGCGCUGUACAAUCUGCUAAACUACGCGGCUGUUACUGUGCCCGUGGCGAAGGCGGAUGAGCAGCUUGACCAUCCUGUUUCCGGGAUCGACGAGGAGUGGAAGACUUAUGCUCCCAGGAACGAGGCGGAUCGGUUUAAUUAUGGCCAGUACGUUAUCGAUUUGGUCAAAGAGAUGCCCGUGACUGUGCAGAUUGUUGGGGGGCGGUUUGGAGAGGAGAAGGCGGUUUCGGUUGCGAAGGUUGUGGAUGGGCUUUUUGGCCGCUGA